AUGUCCUCCAGCAAUACCUCCUUCGACUACGAGAUCACUGCCGAAAAUUUCGAAAAGCUUCAUCCUGUCCACUAUAGAAUCUUCGAUCUGCUCAAAAAGGAGAUUCCCGUCACUCUCAUUCAAACAUGCCGUCAGAUGUAUGAUGAACUCAUCCCCAAAUUAUACGAACGGAUCGUGAUCACUGAGAAAAACUAUGAUUCUAUCACUGGAGCUAGCAUUGAACUGAAAGAAUGGUAUCUAGAAGAAAGGGAUGAGAUGGUAGAGCAGGAGGAGAUUUCAGAAGAAGAGCUCGAGCAGUGGGAUCAACAUUUACCUGAUUUGAAGGACAAAGCUCUAUCUCAUACUAAAUUCCUCAGCUUUGCCGACAUCCGAGGGGCCACUCACUUCCUCAACGAGAUCAAAUGCUGCUACGAGGGGUGUUGCGAGCCUAUCAAGUAUUGUCUCAGAAACACAGUGUUCCCCAAUGUUCAGAUUGUACAUCUAGGGAAAGAUGUGGUGAAAUCUACAGUGAACUAUCACGUAGAAGAGGAUUACUAUCCGCCAAUGGAGGACGACUUUGAGCAUCGUAUGGCUGAAUUUUUAGAAGUUCUCCUAGGCGAAAGGAAUCCUCACACUCUCUGUGUCGAUUGGCCCGAAGGUUGGGAUAGAGACGAAUGGCCUACUGACGAAGAGGAAGACGAAAAUUGGGCUAUAAGACAAGGCAUGAGAAACUUUCUAAUGGAAUUGGCAAGUUUCGAAUGUAUUCGACAUAUCGUACUACACUUGAAAAUCCACCAUCUGCCUCAUGUGGAAUCAGCCCUCGACGAUAUCACCAAGCAUUGUGACCUCACCUUCUAUUUGACAGUCACCCAAAGGCAAGCAAGAAAAGCCAAGGGUCAUUUGAUAUUGUCAGACAUUCAUAAUCACUUUGGAUCACUUUGCGAGGACUAUGACAUCCACUACCUUCCGAUCCGAUACUCCCUACCAAAUAUCAACGAGCUGGCUGGAUUUAUUGAAGAAUACGGAGACCAUUUGGAUGGAGAAGAAGCUGAAAUUUACGAUAUUUUGAAGGAAAGGUUGGAAAUCAGAGAGGAAGAAUGUGAAUGUAAGGUCAAUUGA